GCGGGCUACUACAACAGAUACUGUUUUCAUCCAGUCAUGAACGUACGAAGUCAAUAAUCGUUGUCUGCGAAAACAUAUAAUGCCGACGCUACUGUCUUUGAGCAAACAGUUCAAGCUGUAUUACGGUGAAAAUGGCAAUAUUGCUUCAGUUGAGCUUUCUGAUAUUUUACAAUUAUUUUAUCUGUCUUUUUGUUUAUGGCUGUACUAACUAAGCCAACGUAGCUAUCUCUUGUGUAGGCAUGGAUGCUGUGUAGCGGCAGCUUAAUUGGUAAUAAUACUCUGCUUAUUUUUCUUCUACAAUGGUGGUCGAGGUGGAAAGCUUCUUUGGUGUAUACAUGCUUUACUGUACCAAUCCUAAAUUUAAAGGCCGUAUCUACAUCGGCUUCACCGUGAAUCCUGAGCGGCGGAUUGGACAGCACAAUGCUGGACGGCACAGAGGGGGAGCCAAGAGGACCAGUGGAAGAGGGCCAUGGGAAAUGGUACUCAUUGUACACGGCUUUCCUUCUGAUAUUGCUGCCUUGAGGUUUGAGUGGGCAUGGCAACACCCUCACUCCUCCAGGCGGCUCUCCCAUGUCUCUCGGCGCUCCAGAAAAGAGUCCAGCCUGCAGUUCCACUGGCGCAUCCUCUCCAACAUGCUGCAGGUGGCACCAUGGAACAGACUGCCGCUGACGGCCCGCUGGCUCAAACAGGAGUACAGGAUGGAUUUUGAGCCCAGUCUGCAGCCUCCACUUCACAUCCCCAUUGCUUUCGGCAGCGUGAGAGCCAAGAAGACACAUCAGCUGCAGUCUGCAGGAGAAGAGGAGGAGGACAUAUUGUGGUGUUUCCUCUGUAAAGCCUUGGUUAAGGUGUCAGAAAAGCUAAGCUGUUUCCACCCAUUGUGCGGAAUGAUCAGUCAUGUGAUCUGCCUCGCUAAACAUUUCCUGAAGUCAGAGCCAUCCCACCUCCUGCCUGUGGAGGGAGAAUGUCCAGCUUGUCGUCGCUCUGUGCUGUGGGGGAGUCUCAUCCGCCACAAACAUGGCUGCUUCGGAGACCUGGAGGAGAUCACACCAUCUGCAUCCCAAAGCCACUGGGCAGAUGAACUGCAAAGAACUGAAGCAAAGGAGUCUGCAAAAUGAACUGUAAUGAACUGUGGUGCCACAUGGUGCUGUCUGAGAAUUACAUAGAUUCUGUUUAAUGGAAUAUGACUUUUCAGACUGAACAGGAAUGGACAGUAACUUCAAAAAAAGCUGCUGAGCAAAGACUGGACUCUCAUCCCACAGGAUCCUACCACUGAUUUUUAUAAAUAUGACCAUGAAGCAUGUUUUAACUAUGUCUGCUGAAGUAUAUGUUUAAUGUAUUACAUAUUUGUGUAAAUAUUUGUAUUUGAAUGCAUAGUCUGACCAAUGAAUAAAUAAAUACACUGACAAUGUAUGAAAUGUG